AUGACGAUUUUCUAUGGCGGAAAGGUGAUUGUGUUCAACGAUUUCCCGGUUGAGAAGGCCAAGGAGAUCAUGGGCUUGGUUUCCGAGCAGCAGGGAAUCGUUAACAACAAUAACAACAAUUCCCGGGAGGAGCAGAUUAACAAUAACGCGGCGGCGGCUUCCUCGUCUUCGUCCAUGAGCGACCGGCCAAUCGAGCAAUCAAGAGGAUUUUCUGUUUGUUCUUAA